GCGGAAGGGGGGAGAGCAAUGGGGCCAGGAGGACACGGAGGGGGCGGCAGGGCAGACUGGCACGACUCCCCGCCGGUGCGGGGAGAGGAGGCCAAUUAUGUCGCACCUCCCCGAAGGUUACCGGCCUCGCCCUGCAUCCACCAUCCGCCCCCCCCCUCCCCUUCUUUUCUGUGGCUCCCUCCCCCUUCUCCAUCUCUCUUUCGAUUGCCUCCUGUUUCUGUUGCCCCCUUUCCCCCGUCUGCGAUGACCGAUACCGUGUCUUCGAUGAAGAAGCCACGCCGCCGCCAGAAUGCCCUGAAGUCCUUUCAAGACCGCCAGGACCAGCAGGCCAAGGCAAACUUGCCUGCCCCCCAUCCCGACCCGAGUCCCGUCCAGAGUGCUACUCAACCCGCCACCCGACGUAAAUACUCGAAGCUGCUGUCUUCCCGGCCGCGCUACAAGAGCAAGCAUCUGGACUUCCGCCCACCAGCGUCGCUCCUGGAAGGGGCGACCAUCAUCCGGCAUGAUAGUACGACUCCGGCACCUUGGGCCAUGCCUCUGCAUCCGCUCCUUCUCCCCUUCUCUCCCUCUCUUUGUUUGCGCACUUCUCCCGGCCCUGACAUGGAUGGCCCCUCUGCGGAUGUGGCGGCGAUGGAUUUUCAGCACCGGCCCCGGUGCCACGGGCCCAGGCUGACUCCUCUUCGUCCGAGGAUGAGAUGACCCUCGGCGGCGAUGACCUGCCCCUGACCAACUGGUCCCUGCUGUCCGCGCUGAAGGGGUCUUCCGAGGAGUUGUCCGACUCGAGUGAUGGCAGCACCGAUGACGCGGGCCCGGAGGAUGCCGCCGAGGAUCCCCUGUUCGCCUUGGCCCAUGAGGGCGACCCCCUGUCAGACGCGGCCUACAGCAAGCUCAUCGAUGCUCUCAUGUCCAGCAGCGACUCGGACGCCUCCGAGGACGCUGAUGCUGAGGAUGAUGAUGGCGCUGCCGAUCACAGCCACCGGGGGGACGCCAAUGCCCCGGGCCUCGAGAGCGAUGACGACAGCAUGGACGACUAUUCCGACGACCAGGACGACUAUGACAGCAUGGAGGAGGCCCUCCAGCCGGAGAACCCCCUCGACAUGUGCCUGGCCCAGCAUCUGCAGUCCUUCGGGCAGAGGCCCCGCGCAUCGGCGCCGAUCGAUCACCAUGGCAAGGCCCGGGGGUCUCGACGCCGAGCCCCGAGGAUCCCGGUCCCGUGGGCCUUCGACCGGCCGCCAGCCUCGGACAUCCGGGACCUGUUCUUGACGGACUUCCGCCCGGGCGCCGAUGUCCCCGCCCCGAAGGCGAUCCCCCACCUUGCCGGGUCUGGCGUCGUGCAUGCGGCAUGCCAGCGUGACCCCUUCCUCCACCUGGCCCUGCUGGUGGAUCUCAAGUUGACUCUUGGAUCCUUCCCCGCCGGGGGUGACGCUUCCCCCGCCUCGAAUGGUAAGCGCAAGAACCUGCCCUCCUUGCGGGGGUAUGUGGGCGAUUCGCGGCUCGACGCGCCGAACGCCCGGUCUGCACGUGCCUUCCUCGAUCGGGCGGUCAAUAACCACCCGCUUUUCGUGUCCGUGGCCCGGAUGCGCCUGUCUUCCGGAACCAAGGGCCAGGCUGCCGCCCGGUCACGGUCGCCCUCUUUGACCGGGCAGGUCUACCAGCAAGUCCUCCGCAUCCUGCUGGCGCACGUCCUCCGGCACCUGGCAUGGGCGCAGCCCUCGAUCCAGGCAGCCCUCGAGGGCUUGGGCUUGGACUACACCAUGGAGGCCUUUGUGGGUCGAGUGCAUGAGGGCCAACUUUUGGCCCCCCCCAGCAAGUCCCACCUUCGGCUCAUGGGCUACCGGGUGGGCACUCUGCCGACCGGGGACCGGGUCUUCGAGCCGAAGGGCGCCGGGCAAAUCCGCGCCCAUGCGGUCCUGCAGGAUGCCGUCUUCUCCGAGAUCCUGCGCCUGGCCCUGGACUCCGGCUUCUCGCAGGUCCCGGCCACGGUGGCCGGGCUGUCGGUGGCCGCCCUGGGACCGCCCCUGACCCUGGUCAGAGCGACGUCCGAGCCGGCCCCCGGUGGAGACGAAGGCGACCCUCCGGGCAGCGGUGGCCCUGCCGGCCACCGGGGCCGUGAUCUUGGCGUCCGGGGGUUCACUCCGGCCGGCAACUUGUCCGAUUCCUCAUCCUCCUCCGACGAUGACGAUGACGAUCACGACCACGACCACGACAAUGAUGAUGAUGGUGAUGAUGAUGAUGAUGAUGAUGCCGGCGUGGAGGUGGCACCUGUCGACGCACCGGCAAACGCCCCCAGCCAGGCUCCCACUGAGGCCCAGAUGGCUCGCGAGGCUCGUCGUGCUGCGACCAGCGCCGCGUCCAUGGAGCUGCCUCCGCCGGCAUCGACACCCCCAAUGGCGCCCAUGACGCCCUCAUCCGGGCGGCGGGCGGCGGCGCGUCACCGCCACGACGCCAUUGCCCAGCUGGCAGUCCUGUCGGCGCACUUGCCCAUCGGUCUCCCGCUCCCGGCGGCCGAUGCACAGGCCAUGGCCCGCGAGCUUUCGGCCAACGCCUCGGAGGGCCACGGGGCCGGGGUGGACUUCGGCCAGCUGACGCCCCAUGAGCGGGCGGAAUUCCGGUCGCUUCAGCUCAAGGCCCAGGGCAUGCUACACCGGAGUUUGCUGGCCAGCCUCGGGGUGGCGGUCGAUGUCCUGCGGCCGGCCUCCUCAUCCGAUGGCUCGGUCAAUGAUCUAUCACUGCUGAUCUGUUGGCAGCGCCUGUUCGCCGGACAGAUGGGCGGCACGGCUGCGCCGCUGGUGUCGUGGCUGGACCAGUUCACGGCCUCGCCACAUUGUGAGAACAUCGCCCUUCCGGCGGUCUUGCUGGCCCCGGAGCUCCGGAGCUCUGUCAAGGACAUCCUCAGUCACCUGGGGCUCACGCACAAGGUGGCCGGCAAGGGCAACUACAAGCACCUGUCUGUGUACCGGAGCCGGCGGUCACGCGCGGCGUCGGCCGACCUCACCGAGGCCGGCCGGCCGAUCGGGGCCCGUGGCGGGCGUCUGCUUGGGCUGAUGUCCCAGUUUGACAGCGCCGUGGGGAGCAUCCUCCGGCGGAAGCUGGCCAAGGUGCCUGCCCUGAACGCCGGUCCGAAUGGCCGCAAGUCUCGGAAUCACCCACGGCUGGAAUCCGGCUUUGUGUCCUUCUCCCGGCCGGCGGUGCUUUCCGGGACCAUGAAUGAUCCGCUUUUCGGGGACGAUUCCAUCUUCCUGGAUGAUGAGCCAGUCGGCCGCCCGGAUGCCCGGUCCGAAUCCGGGGCCGAGUCUGACGAUGGCUCCGGUACUUGGUCGGUCGAUCCCUCCCCCUCGGCGCCGAUGGAGGUGGACCAGCCACAGGCAGGGUCCUGGUCCGGGUCUCCGGUGCCCCCGGAAGAAGGCCAAGAGCCCGGCUCGGAGCCCCGCCAAUCAGAUGUCGACGCCCCGGCGGACAGUGCCCCUGCUGAGGAGGAGGUCUUCACCUUCCGCAUGGGAUCCCCAAGUCCCCCGCCGGCAGAUCCGGAUUGCGAGUUGGAGCCAUUCGAGUUCUUCCACGAUACCACCCCCGGCAUGUCGGCCAACGAGGCGGCCCCGGCGGUCUGGGGCCGGACUCCGACGGCCAGUUCACUGGUUCCCCUUGGGGCUUUGCCUCCGAGCGAGGUGGCACCACAGCCGGUCCCCUCUCGUCGGGAGCUAAAGCGACAAAUGCGCCAGGAGCAAAAGCAGCAGGCCCUUCAGCAGACCCUGCCAAUGUCGGUGGCCGCCCUUCAGCUGUCCCCGGCCCAGCCCAAGCGCCAAAAGGGCUCCCUGCCGACACAACCGGCGGCCCUGUGGCGGCAGUUCUGGUCCAGCGAGCGUCUGAGCGAUGUGUCCUCACUGAUGACCCCGGCCGGGACUGGGGUUCGUCCAAGCCGGGACAUUGGCUCUCCCGCGGGGACUGCCGGCCCGCGGCUGGGCAAGUACCAGACCCCCCUGCCUGGGAUGGCGGUUGGUGCCGAUGCCCCGCCCAUCGACGCCACCAAUGUCGGCCGGCAAAUGUUGGAGCGCAUGGGCUGGCGCUCGGGCGAGGGCCUCGGCCGGGAUGGCUCCGGUCAGGUAGACAACAUCGAGGUCCUGGUCCGUCGCGAGCGCUCGGGCCUUGGUAGCCGUUGAGAAGGCCCCUUCCCACUUGGGGCUGGCGCGUGCCUGGGCACGCGCCAGCGGGCCCGACAAAAGAGAAGCAUAAUACACCCUCCCCUCCCUCUUGGUCCCGCCCCUACAUUUUACCAUUGGGCAUCAUACACAUACAUGCACAUACGCACACAAAGAGGGCGA